CACAGUACCAAAUUGGUAGAAAGUUUACUUAAAAAAAAACCUCUGAAGCAAAAUUUUCAAGCAUUAGUUUUGUUUAGUAAUUGAAAAGAUUUUUCUUAUCUUGUUUCUUGGCUUAAGAAUUUCCCCUAAAUCCUUGAGCUAACUUCUUUGAACCGAACUUCCACAGACUUAUACGGCGAUGGUAAUGUGAUCAUAGCUAAAUGUGGACUCAGUCUUUCAAAGAACGAGUGAAUUUCAAAUCAGAUUCAUGGUGGUAGACGGUGUAUGAUUGAAAGAGGCUUGAUCAAAAUAUCAUGUUAGCAUGAAAUUAGAUCAGCUUGAGAUUUUGUUUUUGCAUGACUGCAAAGAAUAUUUGGAGGAGUGUGCUAAUUUGUUGAACAAACAAUGGAAACGAAGCUUCUCUGCCAGGGUACAAUCACUUGAAAAAUCAUUUAAAGACUUACCAGAUUCCUUACUCUUGAUUGAAAAGACAGAGAAUGGGAGAAAAGUAAUUGGUCACAGUCGUUUAACCAGAGUUUUAGAAGAUCCUGCUGGUUGUUGGAUAGGAUCAGUUCUUAUUGAAGAAGAAAAGAGAAAUCAGGGCUUUGGAAAAUAUCUUAUGAUCAAAACUGAAGAAUAUGCCAAGAGCUUGAAAUUUCAUACAGCAUACUUAAAUACUCAAGAUCAACAGGGCUUCUAUGAGCAUUUAGGAUAUUCAUAUGGAACUGAAGUGUCAUCUAUAAGUUUUAAAGUAAAUAGACUAAAUUUGUUCAACAAGCCACUAAAAGGAAACAGCAAUUCAUGGAGUAGCAAUGAACAGAAAAACAAGCAAAACUGCUCAAAAAGUAUGAAUAAUGAAUUUCUUUCAUUGAGCACAAAACUUGAAGAUACAUCACUAACUCCACCCCUUCCUCCGCCUUUACCAUUAAAGCCAAUUAUCCAGACACAUCCAAUCAAAUCAAAUUUAGGCCAAUACUGGAUGAAAAAAAGUUUGUGAUGGGUAUUUUUCAUGUAAAAUAUAUUUUGUUGCCAUAUAUAUAUUUUUGCAAUGCAUUUAUAUAUGUAAAAUUGUUAUUUAUUGUUAAUCCUGUUGAUGGUAUAACUUUUUGAAAUGUUCAUGUUUGCCAAAAUAAUUUAAGUUUAAAGUGUGAAUAAGUGCAAUUAAAUCUCAAACAAAAUGCCAUAUUAAAACCAUUGUUGCCUAUUCUCUAUAAGUGUAAUGUUAAAAAAUAAAAUUGUUCAAAACUUAGUUUUGCUUGUCAUAAUUAUUAUUCAAAUACGUUGCUUAUUGCUUUUGAAGAUUGAUUGAAGAUAUAAAUAUAGCAUUCCAAUAAUAUGUGUUGAGAAUAACAAAUACAAUACAAAGCUGUUAUGACACUACUGUUUGAAAAGGUUCAUUAAUUAUUAUUGAGUAUGUUUCAGGUGCAA